AGUUUCAAAAUGGCGACGAUGGUUCGCUUGAAAAAGGAUGUACCUCCUAUCGUUGAUGAGUGCUAUGAGAGGAAAAAUGAAGCGGAAGCAGCAAGGGCCAAUGAAUUCAGAGCAAUUGUGAGGAUACAAGCCUGGUUUAGGGGCCAGAGGGUCAGGGCAUACAUUCGACACCUUCAUAAGUGUGCUGGGUUCAUACAAGCCCGAUGGAGAGGCUACUUGGGUAGAAUCUAUUAUAGAAUAUGUGUACAGAAUAGCGUAUUUAUCAUGAAGAUGAACCACUACAAUGCCAUGGCAACCAAGGUACAAAAGAUCUGGCGGGGAUACUACACUAGAAAGUAUAUAUCUAAUUACUAUAGUAGGAAGAGAUACUUAGAGGGACUACAAGUCAAGAAUGAAAUUGUCAGAAAUGAGUUGGAGGAAUAUGCAGAACAACAAGAAAUGAUAGAGCAGAGAAAGAGAGAGAUGGCUGAGAAGAAACUAAAGGAUGACCAUGCAGCAAAAACACAUUAUCUUGUCAGUACUGAAGUUAUACCAGGCAUAUACAACUCUCCAUUUUUACCUUUUGACCGCAGACAUCUUUAUGCCAGAUUGUACCCUUCAGAAAAAGAAUAUCUCCUAAGAUCAACUCGUCCAAGAUCCCAUAAAAUAGUCGAGCCCAAAGAACCAGAGUUUGACGCAACUUCUAAAAGUUAUUCUUUACCGAAACAUAAGCCUUUGCCUCCUAUUGGACCAAAGCCCCAGGGCCCAUUCCGUGAUGCUGCUGAGGUGCAAGCCCAGCGCUACAAGCCAUUCCAACCGUCACUACGGGUCGCCACAAAUUAUCUCUCUGUAGAAGAGGCACGAGAGGCUAUGAAAGCAGAGGAGUGGGUCAACAGAAUAAAUGACAACACAUUCCAGCCAUUUUCACGGCGAGACCGAGACUACGAACCACUCUUGCACACGACAUCACAGUUCGGCCACUUGCCGUAUGGUACUAAUUACUUCAGAGAAGAAAAGAUAGACAAGCAUGUAGUACAACAGUCCUUCCAAUCCGUGGUGGCGCCUAUUCCAAUUCUAGAGAAACUCAACGACACAUACUCUCAGGGUCAAGUAUAGAUGGCUCUGGUAUGGAAACAGAGACACCUAUUAGUGGAAUACUGAGUACCCAAUCUGCCAGCUCUAAUAGACUUUUAGAGUCAGUGUAAAUGAUUGAGUCUUCCAUCAAGCCCUUGUAAAUGCCUCAUAAGAGGUUGUUAAAGUGUCCAGUAAAUUCUACACCUAAUCUAUAUCAUUGUUUCUUGACCACCUGCCCAACCCUGUCAACUAAUCAGCUUUGAUAUGGAAUGAUUUUUUAGUUGAGAUAAAAAUGCUGUGCUAAAACAUAAAUUUUGAAGAAACUUUUUAUUCAUUUAAGAAGCAAUAUUUUUGUAUUUGCCUUUCUGUAAACAUAAGAAAUUACAUGUAGAAUUUAAUGUGAAACAUUUAUGGCAUCUAAAAGACACCUUUGAUGUUUGACACAAGUGAUUUGAUGGAAGAUGGAUGAUUUCCUAUAAAAUAUAUGAGAAUAAUGAAAUCGAAAGAAAUAUGGAAAAUACAGGGUACAUUAUUUGAUUUUGAACUUUCUAAAAAUAUUACUUAAAUAGUUAAACCUCAAAAAGUACCAUAAACCUAGAAUAUCCUUUUUGGUCCAAUUUUGGAUGACUCCAAACACCAUCAAAAUAAAGACAAUCAGUAGUUAAGUUUCCAUGUGCUACAUUCUCCAGAUUAUUGGCAUUUUUAAAAUAACCAAUUCGCCAAAUUAAAUGUCGACCAAAAUCUUCAAUGUUCAUAUUAUAUGUUUUAAGAUUUGAUACUCAUCUGUAUUUCAUUCAUCAGAUGUUAAAAAUAUAUUGUCAUUUGUAAAUAUUGUACAGUUUGUAUAUAUUGUAAAUAUGUAUAUAAAUCUUAUGAAUCUGUAUUUAUUUGUAUUUUCGUAAAGCAAAUAUAACUGAGAAAUAAAUUAAAUAUAGAAAAUGCCAA